AUGAGCGCAGCACUGGGUCCUCGGUACGACAGGCCGCUCGAGAACGAUGACGACAACGUCUUCAGCCAAGCAGCGGAAGGCCCGGCGCAGGGGGUACAUAGUUGGCUUGAGAUGCUCCGCAGGUCGAGUAUGUUCACGCUCGCCUUGUUAACCCUGGUGGUUGUGCUGCUCUUCGCGGACCAGAACCUCCUCGCCCCCAACCUCUCGGCGAUCGCAGAGGAGUUCGGUUUCAACGAGGAAGAGAAGGACAGACACCUGGGGGGUGACAUCGCUGUGGCCUUCUUCGGGUUCGGGGCACCGGCGUCGCUCCUCGUGGGAUGGCUGACGGACGUCAUCGACAGGCGGAAGCUCUUCGUCGCCAUCGUAGCGAUCGGGGAGAUGGGGACCCUGGCGACGGUGUUCGUUACCACAUUCUCUCAGCUCUUCUGGACGCGGGCCAUCACGGGAGUGGCCAUCGGGGGAGGCAUGCCUCUGGUGUACAGCAUCCUGGGAGAUCUAGUGAGCAGCACGGGGAGGACGGAGGCGUCUGGGUUGAUCGGUAUCGCCAUCGGCAUGGGGCUGGGACUGGGUCAGUGA